AUGGCCACUCCAGAAUACCUUACCCCUGUUUCCACCGUUCGCAGCAGGAGUGCGCCACCCAGCAGAAUGAAACGACAACCUUCAAAGCGACUCUCAAUCCUUACAACCGGAAGUCUACGGGACGAAGGCUCGGAGAAGUAUUUCGAGAAUUGUCUACGCGACCAUAACGAUUACGACCAAGCAAACGGCAUCAGCAACGACGCGAUCCUCAGAGCGAGACUGUCUAAGAUCCAGAGUCCAAGAUCAUUCUUCAAAGUACCGGACCCCAUAGUUUUUCCGAUUCCCGCAGAGAGACCUAAGCAAAGCUGGUGGCGACAGCGUCUGAAACUCAUGAGCAGCUGCUUCCGGAAAUUCCAAACACGGGAGGAUGAGAAGUGGGAAGUUUUGAUUUUCGACUUCCACAGGUAUAGACUUCAAACAAAUUGGAGGGCUAGGUCGGUUGGUGGGAUUCAGGCAUUAAGAUUGACCUACUUUUUGAGACCAGAAACUUCCAUGAUAUUGGGCAGAGUUGCGAUUGGUUUAGGAGCAACAUAUUAUUCUUGCCAUGACAGACCAUUCACCCUCUGCCACACGCUUCACAUCUCCAACUAUCGCUGCGCGCCAGCAGUGUGUGCAGACUACCAAUGGACUCUUGCGCAUGCAUUGCAAGCACUGAUGGUACCUUUGUUGCGUCGCUUCAUGGUGUCCAGUUCUGAUGAGCGAACGCUACCACAUGUUCGAGAAUGGAGCUGCCGGUAUCCUUGGCUGCUAGCAGUCAAAGUCGCUCGUCAGAGACGCCCUCAUCAUCGGUGGCAGCCGAGAUACUGGAAUAUCGAUCCGCAGAUGACGAUCAAUCGAUAG